GACAGCGGCCCGGCGCGGAAGCGCGACCUCGGCGGCCAUGGCCGCGGCUGUGGAGAGCUUCGUGACGAAGCAGUUGGACCUGCUGGAGCUCGAGAGGGAAGCGGAGGUGGAGGAGCGCAGGUCCUGGCAGGAGAGCCUCUCGCUGAAGGAGCUCCAGAGCCGGGGCGUGUGUCUGCUGAGGCUGCGGGUGAGCGGCCGGCGCACGGGGCUCUACGGCCGGCUGCUGGUCACCUUCGAGCCCGGGAAGUGCAUCUCGGCGGGGGAGCUACCCAGCAACAGCUUUGCCUCGGGUGACAUCGUGGGUCUGUAUGACACUGCCAGCGAUGGCGGUCAGCUGGCCACGGGGAUCCUCACUCACCUCACCCAGAAAUCCGUCACCGUGGCCUUCGAUGAGGGCCACGAUCUCCAGCUGGGCCUGGACCGAGACGGCUCCUACCGCCUGUUAAAGCUCGCCAACGACGUCACUUACAAGCGACUGAGAAAAGCUCUGCUUACCCUGAAGAAGGGCCACUGGGGCCCAGCGUCCUCGCUCACAGAUGUCCUGCUCGGAGGAUCCGCGCCCAGCCCUGCCUGCCAAACCCAGCCCCUCGUCUUCUUCAACGCCGCCCUGGAUGCCUCCCAGAAGGAAGCGGUUUCAUUUGCGCUGUCCCAGAAAGAGCUCGCCAUCAUCCACGGGCCUCCUGGCACAGGGAAGACCACUACCGUGGUUGAAGUCAUCCUGCAGGCCGUGAAACAAGGCUCGAAGGUUCUGUGCUGUGCGCCCUCCAACGUUGCCGUGGACAACCUGGUGGAGCGGCUGGCCCGGUGCAAGCAGCGGAUCGUGCGUCUGGGCCACCCCGCGCGCCUCCUGCCCUCCAUCCAGCAGCACUGCCUGGACGCCGUGCUGGCGCGGAGCGACGGCGCCCAGCUCGUGGCCGACAUCAGGAAGGACAUCGACCAGGUGUUUGUGAAGACCAGCAAGACCCAGGACAGGAGAGAGAAGAGUAGCCUCCGGGACGAGGUGAGGCUGCUGCGGAAGGAGCUGCAGGCGAGGGAGGAAGCGGCCAUGGUGGAGAGCCUCACUGCGGCCAGCGUGGUCCUCGCCACGAACACAGGUGCCUCUCCCGACGGCCCCCUGAAGUUGCUGCCCGAGAGCCACUUUGACGUGGUCAUCGUGGACGAGUGCGCCCAGGCCCUGGAGGCCAGCUGCUGGAUCCCGCUGCUGAGGGCCCGGAAGUGCAUCCUGGCUGGAGACCACAAGCAGCUGCCGCCCACCACCGUGUCCCCCAAGGCCGCACUGGCGGGGCUGUCGCGGAGCCUGAUGGAGCGGCUGGCCGAGGAGCACGGCGAGAGCGUGGUGCGGGUGCUGACGGUGCAGUACCGCAUGCACCAGGCCAUCAUGCGCUGGGCCUCGGAGACCAUGUACCACGGACAGCUCACGGCCCACCCCUCUGUGGCGGGGCACCUCCUGCAGGACCUCCCAGGUGUGGCCGCCACCGAGGAGACGGGCAUCCCCUUGCUGCUGGUGGACACCGCUGGCUGUGGGCUGUUUGAGCUGGACGAGGGCAGCCAGUCCAAGGGGAACCCUGGUGAAGUCCGCCUCGUCAGUUCGCACAUCCAGGCUCUGGUGGAUGCUGGGGUCCAAGCAAGUGACAUAGCCGUCAUCACGCCCUACAACCUGCAGGUGGACCUACUGCGACAGAGCCUUGCCCGUAGGCACCCCGAGCUGGAAAUCAGAUCCGUCGACGGCUUCCAGGGACGAGAGAAGGAGGCCGUGGUCCUGUCCUUUGUCCGGUCCAACAGGAAAGGGGAAGUUGGCUUUCUGGCCGAGGACCGGCGGAUCAACGUUGCCGUGACCCGCGCCCGGCGCCACGUGGCAGUCGUGUGCGAUUCCCGCACCGUCAGCAACCACGCUUUCUUGAAGACCCUGGUGGAUUAUUUCACGGAGCACGGAGAAGUGCGCACCGCCUUCGAGCACCUUGACGACAUUGUCCCUGAAAACUACAGCCCAGCCGCCGAGAAGCCCCGGGGCCCCAGCGUGGCCACCCGGAAGCCCGCUGGGCGUCGGCGGCAGGAGGGGGCCCAGGAGGCUGCGGCGGCGGCCAGGCAGCCCCGCAGGCAGCCGGGCGGGAAGCCGGCGGGGUCCGGAGCCCCCUCGCAAGCCAGCCCCAGCGGAGCCGGGGGCGGAGGCAGCGCGCAGCACUUCAGGGCCCUCCUCGCCGAGUUUGUGGCCAGCGAGGAGACGCGGCUGGAGUUUCCCGCGUCCCUGAACGCCCACGACAGGCUGCAGGUGCACCAGAUAGCUGAGGAGCUGGGGCUGAGGCACGACAGCGCGGGGGAGGGGAAGGCCAGGUACAUCACCGUGAGCAAGAGGACCCCGCCCUCCCGGCCGCCUGCAGCGCCGGCGGACAGCACGGCCCCUGGGCCCCCCGCGCCCCUGGGUCCCGCGCACGAGGAGCAGCCCUCCAGGGAGCAGCCCUCUGGGGAGCAGCCCUCCAGGGAGCAGCCCUCUGGGGAGCAGCCCUCCAGGGAGCAGCCCUCUGGGGAGCAGCCCUCCGGGGAGCAGCCCUCCAGGGAGCAGCCCUCCGAGGAGCAGCCCCCCAGGGAGCCGCGCGGCCAGGGCCAGCCAGACCUGAAGGCGCUCCACCUGGAGAGACUGCAGAGGGCGAAGGGAGAGCCUAGGCCGCAGACCGAGAAGGGGCAGCCGACUGGGGGCGCCGGGCUGCAGAGACUCCCCGGGAAGAAGAAGAAGAAAGACGCGAAAGGGCGUCCGGCCAGAGACCCGCCCCCGGAGGAGGACUUCGACGCCCUGGUCUCGGCGGCCGUGAAGGCCGACAACACCUGCAGCUUCGCCAGGUGCACAGCCAGCGUCGCCGCCCUGGGCCAGCUCUGCCAGCUCUGCAGCCACCGCUACUGCCUCAGCCACCACCUGCCUGAGGUCCACGGCUGUGGCGAGAAGGCCCGAGCGCACGCGCGGCAGAGGAUCAGCCGGGAGGGCGUGCUGUAUGCCGGCAGUGGGGCCAAGGACAGGUCCCUGGACCCGGCCAGGAGGGCGCAGCUGCAGAGGAAGCUGGGUAAGAAGCUGGGCGAGCUCAGCAGCCAGAGGGCGAGCAAGAAGAAGGAGCGGGGGACGUGAGCGCCGCGUCCCCACGGCCAGGCCACACCGUCUCCUCCCCCAGCCUGCUGCGUGGCGUGGAGCAGCCAUGGGAGACGCAGGGCCUCUGCGGAGUGGCAGGAGUGUGGCAAGCACGCGGGGGCAGCAGGUGGCUCUCCCUGGCUCCCGCCCGGGCCCGCCUCCUGGGGCCCCCUUCACUGUGCUCCAGCCCAGAUCCCAGUGCGGGGGCUGGGGAAGGCCCUGUUCCCUUGGACGUGUGCCUGGCCUCAGACUGCGCCUCGGGCCAGCCAGCUUCUGGCCAUGGGGAAGGAGCCGCCCCAGCUCCGCUCUCAGGCUGGGGCUCCCUCCCAGGGCCCUCCGCGCUUCGCCAGCUGUGUGGUGAUGCGUUCGGCCUCAGGGUUUGGCGUCACAGGGACGUACACUCCAGAACCAAAUAAAGUCAGCUGCACCGC